ACCAUCAGAUAGAGAGAGAGAAAGAGAGAGUGUAUAGUUAUGGAGUGAAUGAUGGAAGGGGUGGCCAUUUUACGACAACUUAUACGGUUCUCAUUCCCCUUCCAAUUACUUCAUCGCACCACCAAACCCUCAGGUUCUGAUUCAUUCGUUCAACUAUCGUAUAUGUAUGCUGUAAAGUUCUGAGUGUUGCAAGUCUCCGUCGUGAAAUCCAAGAUUGACGAAUAUGACCGGGAAUGCUCAUCACUAGAAUUGGGCAAAGAACUUGAUGCAUGAGGCAUAUCCGAUUAUUUGGAUUCAGCUACAGCUCAACACUCACUUUUCCCACCUCUCUACUUUCUGUUUGUCUAAUCAAAAUGGGUGUGAUCCCUUUAUAUUAUAAGAUGCCAAUCAGAAGUUUGAGACUCUUAUGGACAUUUUAAAAUGUCUGUCCAUAUUUAAAAAUUGGUCAUUUAAGUGCAGAUGUCGAAUAUCAGAUCCUCUCUCUAUCUCCAGAGCAAUUAGUUAAGUAUUUGUUUGGUUUACCACAAUGAUUUAAGCUCAUCCAGUGUGGCUGGUUGGAAAUGUGCUCAUUAAAUCAGUGGCAUUUGCUUGUCAACAAAGAUUAAUAGAAGGUGUUUCUUGAAUCUGGACAUAGUAGCUCUUUGGAAGACCGUUGUUGCAACAUAAUAAUGACUGCUGGUAAAUCUGAAAAUCUAAAAAUGUUGGUACCGAGCAAACCACUAUCCUCAAAGAAAGCUAGAAAGGAGCGUAGUCGUGGAAAAGCAACUGCCGCUGCAUGCUCAAAUGAAAUCAUGGAAGAUCAUAUCUGGAAAGAUUUUCCAGAGGACCUCUUUGAAGCUGUAAUUGCAAGAGUUCCCAUACCGACAUUUUUCUUCUUCCGUUCAGUUUGCCAAAAGUGGAAUUCAUUGCUAACCUCUCAAAGUUUCUCCAAGCAAUGUGCUCAAGUAAAGCAUGCAAAGUCGUGGUUCUACAUUGCCACAGGAUCCACACACGAGGAUGUCAAUACGGGAGCAUUGUAUGAUUCGUCAUUGAAGAAAUGGCAUCAUCCAACAGUGCCUGCUUUGCAAACAAAACUAAUUGUGUUGCCAGUGGCAUCAGCAGGAGGUCUGAUCUGCUUCCUUGAUAUCGAGCGCAUAAGCUUAUAUGUUUAUAACCCUCUCACAGGGUCGUAUAAGGAAUUGCCAGCCAGGUCGGCGAAGGUGUGGUCACAUGUAGCUGUAGGGAUGACGAUGAAUGGUUGCUCAGGGUAUAAGAUACUUUGGGUUAGUUGUGAGGGGGAAUACGAAGUGUUUGAUUCUGCAAAGAACUCGUGGAUUCGUCCAGGAAUCAUGCCCUCAAGUAUCAAGCUUCCACUAGCACUCAACUUCAAGUCUCAUGCGCUAUCAGUUGAUGGGACGCUGUAUUUCAUGCGGUCAGACCCAGAUGGGCUGUUGUCAUAUGAGAUGGAAAACGGGAUGUGGAAACAGUAUGUAAUCCCGCUGCCUCCGCAGCUGAGUGAUCACACACUGGCCGAGAGUGAGGGCAGGAUCAUGCUGGUGGGGCUGGUAACAAAUAACGCGGCGACAUGCGUGUGCAUAUGGGAGUUGCAGAAGAUGACUCUGCUGUGGAAGGAGGUUGACAGAAUGCCAAACAUAUGGUGUUUAGAUUUCUAUGGAAAGAACGUCAGCAUGACUUGUCUGGGUAACAAAGGCUUACUUAUGCUAUCCUUCAGGUCAAGACAAAUGAAUCGACUCCUUACUUAUGAUCUAUCCAGCCGGGAAUGGCUCAAGGUGCCCGGUUGUGUGCUGCCGAAUGCCAGGAAGAGGCAUGGGGUUGCUAGCGGUACUGCUUUUCACCCUUGCUUGACUGCAAUCGCUUAGUUUCCAGACUCAGUUUAAGACAUUGAUUUGUGGAAUUUCUGCUGCAAAUCAAAUAAUAAUUAGUAUUCUUAUGGAUCAAUUUGCGUACUGUUUUUCCCCAAACAUUAUUGCUUCUUUUGAUCGAAUGAUUUUUGUUUGUCA